AACAAGACAUCGUCUUACAGGUGGAACAAACACCUAGCAACGUCCAGCUCUAUCCACCCACUCCAAGGAAACCAACCCCCCUCACAUAUCGAGCCAAAGGAGCAAUUGAUCUGAACUACCGGUCAAUCCCGUUGGUUGAGGGGGGCAAGAGGCGAGACUAUGGUGAGAGAAAGCAAGACCAGCCCCACUGUUUCCCCGGCUUUUUCACGGCGGAGCGUAGAAAAUGUGGGGAAGUAGAGAUCCAAAGACAGGAAGCGUGCGGGGAUAACACGCUAAUUGACAGAACUGACAUCAGGUCACCCCCUUGGCUACCUUGGCAAGUCCUCGCUUUGCCCUCUCCGCCUCCAUUUAUCGUGAUUAUGGUCGGAGUCGUCCGAAAGGAGCAAGACUGCCGUGGCCGCGGACUGGCCUAGAUGGAACCACUAGAAGGUAUGCGGGGGCGCUUGGCUUUGGUCUUGGGCCGCGUCAGAUCAAAAGAACUGUACACUAACCCACCCCCCCUCGGUCGUUUCAAGCUAGAUCCAACAGCAGGAAUCAUCGCAACCGCCCGACCGACCUGUCUGUAUCUCCUACCACAGAUCCUAUUGACCCCAGCCUUGGGCCUAAUCUGCAGUGCAACAGACGUCACUCCUCUCGAAGCAGAGUUGAAGCAUGUACCCGUUCCUCGACGGGCCAGGCCGAAAGACUUUCCUCGAAUGCGACGACACUUUCCGCAAUCUCCCGCGUUGCAUACGGGGUGGCUUUUCUGUGUUGUCUUAUUUCCUUCCCCCCAAGGCAAGUAUAGACGGUUGGAGACAGCGCGUUGCCAAUUCUUUCCACACCCACCCUCGCCAUUCGUCCAACCAGUCGGAGGAGACCGAGCAAAACAAAGGAUCUCAUAUCCCUCGGGCUUGGAACUCCACUGCCGAAGUGAUUAUACUUUCUUCGGCAUAUCGUCCACCAUCCUAAGCAGACAGUGCUCGGAUGUCUCUUCCUAACCGUUGGACUCGAAAGGUGAACCUCUCAUAUUUUCCAAUCUGAGAUGCGAUUGAAUAAAUAAACCGGCUGAGACAGCGAUCUGUAUUACCUCUCAGGCUGUAUCACUGUAAGGUAUCUAGAUAGGGGUAAACAGAAAGCUUGCA